AUACAGGAUGUAACUUUUGGCGCAUCUCCAUGGUGCUCCAAAAUACAAUAAAUUCUGAUAUUCUUUUAUUUAUAUUUAUCGAUUAUCAGACCUGACAAUUGUACUAUUAAAAGUGAAGCAUUAAAAAAUAUCGGCCACGGAUCAAUUUAUAGAUUUAUUGUGCUACUACUUGUAGAUUUAUUAUGAUAAUCAAAUUAAGAAUGUGUAAGUGAAAAUACAAUUCUUCGGCGAAUCAGAAAAUAACAUUGUAUAAAGGUGAUGUGUCCGAUUGCGGAAUUAUAAAAUGUGUUGUUGAGGAAGAGUCCGACAUAACAUUGCGGUUUUGUACAAUCAUUGUAAUCACGAUCUCACUGUCCACAGAUAAGAUACUCACAUCGCUACGUCUCACAUGUCCCACUUAUCAAAUUAUCUUCUACUAUUUUAUUUUUGCGAUAACAUAUAAAGAUGUUCCAAAAUUUAAACUUUGUAGGGAUACCUUUUUAUAAGAGUAAAUCAAUCUUUUAAUUACUCACUCAUCACUACAUCAUUUAACAUGGAGCAAGUUAACAUUAAGCAAUGUAGUGAUAAAGUCAUGUUACAUAAUACGUUUCAUUACUAUAUCCGGAUCCAGGAAGAGAUUAUCUAUGUACGUCGAGAUCAAAAUAUAGCCAUAUUCAAGUUAGCUAUCGAACACUUAAUUUUGCAACAUCCUGUAUGUGAUAGGAUAGGUAAACAUAUUAUCAGUCAUUACGUGUUAACGUUCAAUCAUUCAGUAUUUAUAUCACACGACUGUUCACAUGUUUUGGAACUAUUUUAAUUUUAAUUGUGCCUAAAUUUUCUUUGUUAUUGAUUAAGAAAACAAGAAUAUUUUUUUUAUUGGAGAAUCGUUUGGACAAAUUAUAGUGUUUUCUGUGAAAGUUUAGAUUUUUUUUUAGUAUUUUUAGUAAAGUGAUUUCUGUUUACUAACGAAUUUUUAUAAAAGGAAGGCGCACGAUCUGUGGUCAGCAGCGAGUGGUGUCCGACCACAACGACGAUGAACAAAAUACUAUUUUACUUGAUUAUUCAACUCAAAAGGAUGCCAUAAUGCUAUUGCUUUUAUUUGGAAACUCAAAACAAUUUCACCAAUAUGUUGGUGAUCGUCAGGGUUACGGCGUCGGCUGCGCUGGCGAGCGCGAGCGCGCAGCCGCCGCCACAGGAGCGCUGCCUCACGGGCUACAUGACGGACGUGCAGAGCUGGGUCGACGAGAGUGGCAAGCUCACUGAGAGAGCACCGCGAGCACAUAAGAUCGAUGUUUCGUAUCAAUCCAACGCGAACCGCAGGCUGCACAAGCAGCUGGAGACUUUCUCCUGCGCCAACAACUCCGUGCAGUACCUCAGCAUGGCCAGGAAUCAGCUCCUAGUGGUGCCCAAGAUAUUCAGGUUAACCGAUCCUUGUGGCCAGCCUCUUUCGGAUACACUAGCGUAUCUCACGCUGGCUGGGAACUUCUUCUACUCAAAAAACUUCGAGAGGCCCAAGUUCGAAGUGCAAAUGAAUGCGACUAAUGCGAUGAGCGUGCCUGCCGAGGUGGAAGGGUUUGUUACUGAAGUGUGGUCCUCCGGCUUUCAUGGGGUGAAUCUUCAAAAUCUACGUGAAUUGGAUUUACGUAUGUGCGGCAUCAGAGAAUUGGAAGAUUCCCCUUUCAAAAACAUGCCAAACCUUGAAAAGCUAUAUCUCGGGGAAAACAAUAUUUAUCAAAUCAAUGAAAAAUCUUUCAACGGCGUGUCCAAUCUGAUUCACUUGGAUAUAAGCAGAAACUAUGAAUAUAAUACAAAUGAAGUUUAUCGAGGCUUGUACUUUGGCGACUUAAAAGUUUUCUCAAACUUGAUACGAUUACAAACAUUGGAUUUAUCCUACACCAAGAUGCGACAAGAAAACCUCCUUGCAAUGAAAAAAUUAAGAAGUUUGCUAAGUUUAUCAAUAUGUCAGACGGAGUUGAUAAAUAUGGAAGCGAGCUGGCUUGCGGGCACCUCGCUUAGAUAUUUAGAUGUGUCCAGAAAUCAAAACAUAUUUAAAGAUAAGAAAGCUUUACGCGGUGUUAGAUCUACUUUACAAGUAGUGUAUGCUGACAAUAUCGCACUCAGCACUCUAGAUGUUUUUGACAAUUUAUCUUCAUUGGAAAUAUUACUAGUGGCGAAUAAUGAAAUCGCCACAAUAAAGAAAAAAAUAGCUAAAAGUCUUACUAAUCUCCAGGUAUUGAUUGUGGACAUGAAUAGACUCACGACCUGGUUCAGGCCCACUAUGGUUUUGAUGCCGAAGCUAAAAUUUUUGUCAAUGAGAAACAACAACAUUAACUUAAUUUCGGAAGAGAUGGAAAUGGAUUUUGAGAAUUUAAGGUACAUUGGCAUUUCAGGAAAUUUCGUCGUGUGCAAUUGCAAUGCGAGAGAACUAUUUUUGUUAGCUUUGAGGAACGAACAGAUCCUGCCGAAUGAGUUUAUAUUUCCACUUAAUAAUAAUAGUGAUGUAGGAGGGGCAGUAUAUCACACCGGAUUCAGAGACAUUAAUUUUUUGAUAUCAAAUAGACAGAUCAUCAAGUCGGUUUGCGCCAGCGGCGAGUGCAAGGAGGAUCUCAAUUCCAAAUCUUCUGGGAACUUUCACUUGUUUGACUACAACGACGGCUCGUACAUGUGCCUGCUUGCGGUCGAAGGCAGGACCACUCCGUUCGGUGCGGUACCGUCGUGCGGCGCGCGCACUCAACUCGAUAUCGAUCAUGUAAUUUCGGAUACUAUGAACACAUUAUACUUUUUGGUAAUACCUCUGUUUGUAUUACCAUUUUUUAUAUUUGGAUAUGUAUUUAGAAGAAAUAUCAGAUAUUUCUUCAUAACUAUGAGGAAUUCUACAAUGAUAAGUUUGAUCAAUAAUGAAGAUAUUAUAGACGAGAACACGAUAUUUAACUACGACGUGUUCGUGUCGUACUGCCACGAGGACCGCGACUGGGUGCUGGACCAGCUGCUGCCGCACGUCGAAGUCGACGCCAACGUCAGCGUCUGCCUGCACGAGAGGGACUUCAUGGUGGGAUUGUCAAUCCUCGAGAACAUAGUUUCAUGCAUGGAUCGCUCGAAGACUAUCCUCCUGAUCCUCUCGCAAAAGUUUCUGCUAAGUCAAUGGUGCCAGUUUGAAAUGCAUCUUGCGCAGCACAGACUGCUGGAGACGAGACGGGAGGAUCUGAUUCUAGUGCUUCUAGAAGAAAUCCCCCGACGUAUGCGGCCUAACACCUUACACUACCUGAUGCUGACCAAUACGUACGUUGUCUGGCCAAAGGAAAAAGCUGAACAAAUUUUGUUCUGGAGAAGACUGAAUAAAAGUUUACUUGCACAUAAAUUGAGACAAGCGAACAAUGAUUCCAUCGCAUGAUUAAAUAUACAUUAGUUUAGGAAAUGGCA